AUGAACCAGCGCCGCCGCCCUCGUCCAAUCAGGGCGCACCACGUCACCACCCCGGGCGCCCCACUUCGCAGCGAGCCCGCCGGCCCGCCGAAGCCCGCCGCGGGCCCUCCCGAGCUCGUCUCCUCCGUGCCAGUUCCCGUGCGGGCCCGCGCCCCGCCAGCCCCGAGCCCCGCCGUCCCGGCCGCCCGUCGCGCCACCGCGGCCCCGCCGCGUCCGAUCCCCGCCGGCGCCUCCCCCCGUCGCGCCGCCGCCUCCUUCCUCCACCUCGCUGCCUCGCCGUCUCCCUCCUCCACGCCGGACGCCGGCGACAGCACCUCUGCUCCGGCCGAAGCUCCGGCGGCCCGAGCUCGAAGCCGCCCGAUCUAG